CAAAUUUUUAGUGUAACACGGUAUCAAAACAAAUUACACGAGGAAUAACAUUAUUCAACGUCGUAGUAAAAAUGGCUUUUGGGCGUAGCGCCAGAAAGCGUAAAGACAAUGGUGGCUCACGCUCCACUACUACAAAGGCGAGUCAGGUGAUGCCUCAUGAUGAAUAUAUCGACCGUAUAAGGAAAUCGCUAUACUUCGGUGACGAUACACUUGUCGAGGAAAUGGAAAUGUCCCGUCCGCUCGCCGAAUAUGCUUCAGAAUUAUUUUCCGCACCUCAUAAGGGGCACUCGCUAAAGCGUUUGAGUAAUGUGGCUGCUGGCAGUGUACACGCUUCUCCAUGUUCACUCAUAAUGGCUUUGAUAUAUUUGGAUCGUCUGAAUGUUACUGAUCCUAUGUAUGUACUGCGUAUAACACCACAGGAGCUUUUUAUUGUAUCGAUGAUGAUAUCCACAAAAUUUUAUGCUGGUCAUGAUGAGGAAAUCUAUAUGAGUGAUUGGGCUGAAGAUGGGCACAUGACUGAGAAAAGACUGAAGCAAUUAGAAUUGGAAUUUCUGUGUGCUAUAGAAUGGAAUAUUUACAUAUCGAAUGAGGAAUUUUUCAAUAAAUUGACAAGCAUUGAGAAGCAUCUAGCACGGCGUGAAGGCUUACAACGUGGUUGGCUUACCUACACUGAGCUGCGACAAAUGCUACCAUCAUUUACACUGGUGAAAUUCAUACUAAAUAAUAUUGCUGUAAUGGCUAUUAGUUAUGCGGCAAGUGUUAUAACCAUAGCGGGUGCCUUCUUUGUGGCUAGCCAAAUUCCUGGCACUUCACUAUAUCGUAAGCCUGUGUCUACGGUAGUGAGUGAUAAUGUUAUAGUACAACAACCACCACCACCACCCAUUGUUGAUUAUGCUACUACACAAUUGAAUGCUCAACAACGUCUAAGACGCACUAAUAAAACGGAAAUUACAACAACGUCAAUAGAUUUACAAGCAGCAGAUUUAACUAGUGAAGAAAUAUUCAACGCUACAUGCGCAGCACUGAAUGUGGAAGAGGAACUUUUGAAGUUGGAGUGUCAAUAUAGAAUGGAAGCACAACGUGAGGCUGUACGCCAACGCCAACAUGAAAUCGAGAGCGCUACACGACUGACAUUGCCCGAUGCAACGCAACACAUUGUGAGUGGCAACAAGAAAUCGAAGAAUGCCUGGUACACGACACAUUUUGGCAAUUGGUUCGCACAUAAAGAAGAAUAUGCGGAUGGUAGAUUUGGUAUUUGGUUACAAUCCCUAGAAGAAUUACGUGCACCGCUACAAACCGACUACAACCCUGCUACACACGAACGGAAUUUAUAUGAGAAUGACUUUGCCGAUGGAAAAGCCUGGAAUGACGGCAACUAUACGUCUGUGCUCUGGCAACUACUCAGUGGUACCGCACAAAAGUCCUUUGUGCGCUUGCCAUUCGCUUGGUUUAAAUUUAUUUAGCUUAUGCUGUUAUACCUUGCAAAUACGGAAUUUAAAAUGUGCGAGGCCGCAUCAGCGAGAGUAUAUAUGCACAUAUACUAUAUUUUUCCGUUUCUUUUAAAAUAGUUACAUUUCUGAUAGAUAGAAAAGCGAAAUUUUUAUAUAUAUAAUAUUACAGAAAUCGAUUUUUGAAUUAAUUUGGUUUUUAAUUAUCAUUUUAUUAUUAUUAACAUAAUGUAUAAAACUUUUCAAUAAUGAAUUCACUUUUCCGUAGCUAAAAGAAAUAUAAAUGUAUAUUUAUAACGACGAUCGUUUGUUAUGUUGAACAUACAAACGCUUUGUCAUAACUAAUCACUUUAACAAUAUAUAAAAUAUUCAUCCUUUGACCGUUUUAUUACAACUUAAUAAAUUGAGUUCAGCAAGAAAUAGCUUGGCUUUACACAUUGAAAGCCUAUUGAACUAAACCGAAAUAAAAAUUAAUUGAAAAAAAUCGAAAAUGAAAAAAUAUUACUAAGGAUUUCUUAGCUGAAGAUUUAUACUAAUAAACACAAUGUGAGACAUAAAAAUGUUCAUAUUUUUCUGCAUAUAAGAUUGCACAAAGCUAAAUAUCUACUAUAAUAUAUUAAAUUUUAUGCUAAAGUAGCGUGAAUUGCUUAGCAAUCAACGAUUCAAAUGUUAUUACAAGUCAUGCAUAUAUUUUAAUAAAACAGCAGAAACACGA